UAAACAAAUAGUGUGCGUGCGACAGAGGGAAAGUUCUUUGGUGUUGCUUUAACUCCAGGUAUUUAGCCAAAUACCAGCUAUGCUAAGAAAAGAAAAGAAAAACAAAACAAGUAAAACCACUUCUAAUGGAAAGGUUAAAUUGUCUUUGGCACAGUAUGUACCUAUUAUCAGAGGGAUCAUACAUCACUCCUGUGCCUCUGACUUCAGCCCACCGAGGAAGCUAUUAUUGGCCAGAGUGAGGUGAAGGAGGAGGAGCCUGUAGCGACUGGAAAGUGGGGAUCUCUCUCCCCCCUGCCAAGAGCUGCUGCACUGGCUUUGCAGCAUGCACACGCCAUCAAGCCCUUCUCCUUCCCUCUCUCCAUCCUUCUGCUUCUCAUCAUCUAAUCGGUGUUAGUAAAAGAGCUCUCGUUACCUCUUGCUUCUAUUCCACUCUUCUCGCUCAUUCUUUGUGUGUGUGUGCGUGUGUGUGUGUGUGUGUGUGCGUGCACCAUUGCAUCUUUUGUUGUUUCCUGUGCCACUGUCUCUCUGUGUCUGCAUUUGUUUCAUGCCCCACAUCACACUCUGAUCCUUUGGAGGAUUAUUGCUGAGUGUUAUUAAGUGUUUGCGCCUGAAACGGAAGACACAAUGCUCCGCCAACAGACUUGGACUUUCGCUCUGUUCUUCUGCACGAGUGUCAUCUCUCAUUGUAUGGACUUUCCUCUCUUGGCGUUACCUUCCGAGUACCACUGUUGACCCUUGAGGAUGGAACGCUGGAUGACACAGGAAAACUCUCUCAGAAAAGUAGCUGCAUCAUAGCCAACACCAUGAAUGCAUCUCAUGUACAAAAACUUCGCCCCCAUCACAGCAACCACUACCACCACCACCACCAUCUCAGCCAUCAUGUCCUUCCACACCAGCACAAAAAUGUCAGUUUGAAUGGAGCUCUGGGGAAUUCUGGCACUCAGGGUGAUGGGUCCGGCUCGUCAGGCUGCUACGAGCAGCUGCUGGUCUCCACCAAAGUCUUCCUGGCGCUGGGCGUCCUCAGCCUGGCCGAGAACAUCCUGGUGGUGGCGGCGGUGGUGAAGAACCGCAACCUGCAUUCGCCCAUGUACUUCUUCCUCUGCAGCCUGGCUGUGGCUGACAUGCUCGUGAGCGUCUCCAACGCCACGGAGGCGGUCGUCAUGGCGAUGCUGACGGGUGGUGGCCUGCGGAUGCGGGGCAGCCUUGUGGAGAGCAUGGACAAUCUGUUCGACUCCAUGAUCUGCACGUCGCUGCUGGCAUCCAUCUGGAGCCUGCUGGCGGUGGCAGUGGAAUGCAUGAUUGUGAUCUAUGAAAUGUCCUGUUGCUAUGGAUGAUAACAGAGUUUGCUGAGCCUUGACAUGAGAUGCGCCACAGUGAUGGCUUAAUGAAAAAAAAAUAAUGCUGUGCCCUUUCCCUUACAAACAUCCCUUACUCAUGUGGAGUGUGAACACCUUUGUGACAAAUGCACAUAAUAUUUCCAUACACACGCACACACAGAAAUCAGUAUAAAUUCACAAAUAGUGUAUGCAUAAAAGUCUUAAAAAUGCUUACCACAAUGAAUAUGAUGUUGCACGCUAUUUGCUAUUACGCUAACAUGCUAUUUCAGCUCUGAGGGAAAUCAACCCCCCUUCCCUCCCUAAGGGUUGUCCGACCUGUUUGAGAGCUGAACUGGUGCUCUUGGCCCUUCGCACAGCUGUCAGUUCCAGAUGACUCCCACUUGUGGGGCCCAUGCGCCUUACAACACCACCGCACAGCAGCCACAGCAAUUUUGCUACUCCAGAGCUAACGUGCGAUGCAACUUGC